AUGCCCCAGCCUGGGGGACGCAGGAAGAGGCCUGGAACCCUGGGGCCACCAGUGCGUAGCAUCCGGCCCUUUAAGUCCAGCGAGCAGUACCUGGAAGCCAUGAUGGAGGACUUGGCUGAGUGGCUUCGGGAUCUCUACGGGCUGGACAUAGACGCCUCCAACUUCCUGCAGGUCCUGGAGACAGGCUUGGUGCUGUGCCGGCAUGCCAACGCCAUCACUGAGGCUGCCCUGGCCUUCCUGGCUGAGGCACCUACCCAAGCCCAAAGGAUUCCCCUGCCUCGGGCUGGGGUUUCCUGCAAUGAGGCUGCCCAACCAGGUACCUUCCAGGCCCGGGACAACGUCUCCAACUUCAUCCAGUGGUGUCGAAAGGAGAUGGGCAUCCAAGAGGUGGUGAUGUUCGAGACCGAGGACCUGGUGCUACGCAAGAACGUGAAGAACGUGGUGCUGUGCUUGCUGGAGCUGGGCCGCCGAGUCUGGCGCUUCGGCGUGGCGGCUCCCACCCUGGUACGGCUGGAGGAGGAGAUCGACGAGGAGCUGCGGCAGGAGCUGGCCCUGCCCCCGCCAGACCCGCCGCCGCCCGAGCCCCCCGCGCGGCGGCCCUGCCACUUCCGCCACCUGGACCAGCUGGUUCAGAGCCUUGUGAGCCGCUGCACGUGCCCAGUUCAGUUCUCCAUGGUCAAAGUGUCUGAGGGGAAGUACCGCGUGGGGGACUCUAACACCCUCAUCUUCAUCCGGAUCCUCCGGAACCACGUGAUGGUGCGUGUGGGGGGCGGCUGGGACACCCUCAGCCAUUAUCUGGACAAACAUGACCCCUGCCGGUGCACAUCCCUCUCACACAAGACGGGCAGUUUCCAGAAGCCCCCCGUCCCACCGGUGCAGCAUGAGGUGAGGAUGCAGGAUGGGCCCUCGCAGCCCCAACCUACGAUGACGAUCAGCCGUUCCCAGAGCCCGCUGCCCCCCGUGGACUGGAAGACAUAUACCUCUUCAGGCCGGAAGCUGAGGCCCCCAGCCUCCUCCUCCCCUAGAGCCCACAGUAAACGGGGAGCAGAGGUGGGAAUUCCCAGAGAGACACCACCAUUCCUGAGGCUCCAGGAUCAGUCACCCACCCUGUCUUGGAGGCAGCUGCCAGUUGGGGACAGCCCACCCAGCCUCCACUCCUCAUCCCCCCAUAGGGGUCGAGACCCACAGUGGAGCUCCUCAGGGAGGAGAGAGGAGAGAUACUCCUCUGAACAUCCCAGAGGAACGACUCCCACAUCUUGCUUUCGUGAGGAGACAGACAGCCAGGGAACUCUCUCCAGGGCCUCCGCCUCCCAGAGAUUCCAAGCCCCUGAAGCCACCACCAAAAGGACACCAGCAAGAGGACUGUCUCCGCUUCCUCAUUCCUCCAGCCCAGCCAAGCCCACGGGCCUCAGGCCACCACCCAGGGGCGAGGCUGAGGGUGCUUCCUCCCAGCUCAGGGAGCCACCAGCUGUCCGUUCUCUGUCUCCUGUUAAAGGGCCCACCAAGCUCCCUAUCUGGCUGCCCCCUGCCCGCCCCCUCACCCCAGGAACCAGCUUUCCAGGUAUUGCUGGUGGAGGUCCCAUGACAGAAUUGGAGAGUGACCCCAUCCCAAGGGCUGUCCCUGGGGACCUGGCUGGAUGCAGACAUGGGGAUUUCUCUGUGGAUGCGAGACAAGGGGACCAGAAGACGAACAGCCAGGUGACAGCAAAAGCUGGGGAGCCCUGGGGCCUGGGCCCACAGGAGUGGGAGGAGCGAUACCCUCCCCUUCCCCUGGGGGCAACCAAGGAUCAAGCUAUCUACCAUAGUCCCGAGGAGGAGCUUUUGGCCAACAUGGCGCUGCUAGAGGUGGGGAGUGCCUGCCCCCAGGGCACAGGGUCUGGAGUCAUCCCUCGAAGUGGAGUCUACGUCCCCAGCCUAGGUGGGCGGUGGCCUGAGCCUGGGGCUCCUUAUGACAAAGUCAUCCAAGAACUGGCUCAGGGCCCCCCACCCCUCAUUAAAGUGGACCUGGGAUCCUGGAAAGCAGCCUCUAUAGGCUCCCCUAAGCUAGCUAUUACCAAAGGCCCAGGAGGCCCCAAAGGGAAACUGGGAGCCAGAGAGAGUGGGCCAAAGGUAAAGGCAAGCCUGAGUGCCAAGGGCACUGGGAUAAAGAAGGGACCAGCUCUGGGAAUGCAGGACUGCUCAGGCCCCACUGUGUCGGCCAACCUGGAAGCCCCCACACCUUCACCCUCAGACCCCAAUUCUGACAAAACCCAGGCAUGUCCAGCCAAGAUUAAGAGAACACUCCGAAAGCCCCAGAGAGUCCCAUCCAUCUACAAGCUAAAGCUGAGGCCCAGAAUCCGGCCGCGGAAGGACCACAGGCCUGGGAAGCAGCCUUCACGCAUCCCCAGGCCACUGGCUUACCUCCACGUGGGUUCAGCCAGGGCACUCCCCAGGGGCAGACUGGGGAGAGCAGCACUGGGCACCAAGGGAGUGGGGGUGGAUGGAGCCUCAGCAGGGGUGGAGGAGGAAGGAAAGAAGAAAGGAGAACCAGCUGCCCCACUGAAGAGCAACCCCCAGCCUUCGGAGGGCAGGGGUCUCCAGCAGCUUGAUCAAGCCCCACUCCCACCUGAGGAGGAGUCCUGGGUCUGA